GCGGAGCACUUAAUCUGCAAAAAAGAAAAUUGGGAAUGUUCUUUCUAUCAACAUCGGCAAGUUAAUGUUUCCGUCUUCUUUAACGUUUACGUAUCAUCAUUACACCUCAUAGAAGAGCUAGAAGUCAUAGGUGCUGAUUCGUGUGGAUGCAAAAUCAUUUCUUUCAGCUGCAAUUUAACCACAGAUAGAACUUUGGAAAACAUUACGACUGCAAUAGCAGAAUUCACAGAAGAUACCAACACUAGAAAAGAAGAUAAUUCAGUGUACAUGAUUCUUGGAGCAGCUUUUGGUGGUGCUACAUUUUCAAUGGUCGUAAGCAUCCUUGUUUUUUCCUUGAGAAAAAGAUCAAGACAAAUUGAAAAGGCAGAGAGAUUAACUGAAAAUCUUGAAACACACACCUCCAUGUACGAAUCUGCCUCUGGCGUUUCUCCUUUUGAAUGUAACCCGAUUUCAUCAAGGUCCAGCCAUGGUCAUGUGUACAACACCGUUGCUGAAACGUCGCCUACCUCACAUAUCAUACCAAAAGUUAGUCACAACACGGAUCCUGUGGUUCACCAAGACAAUAACGACAAUACAUAUCUUGUCCUGACAGGAGAAAGUGAUACAAGUACAAUUGCAGCAGAAAGUCAUUUGUGA